GACAGGCAUGGGAUGCACACUAUCUAUCAAAACUGACAAAUGUCCGUCACCUUUUGACCCCGAUGUCUAUUUGAUACGUCAACCAUCAACACCUAUAGAGAAAAAAGUGCCUCUUGAAAUCCGGAACAAGAUUUCCAACUCAACAAACCCGUGCGUCAGGCGGUCUCCGCAGCGGAAGUGGAUCAGGAGUGUUUCUGUCAUGGAUACUAGGUGUUCUCUUACAACACGGGACAAAUACCAGAUCAUCAAGUCAUGGAAGGCGAUUGCCAGAGAUUUACACUCUACAGGGGUUACAAUGUUUCUUCGAAUGUUUCAAGAGAAUGACGACUUACGUAAAUUCUUUAAGUUUGGCGACUACAAAGAAUCUUCAGACCUACUGCAGAACAAAAUUUUCCUGAACCACGUGACAUUAGUGAUGCAUACGUUUGACGAAGCCAUAUGUUCUAUGGGCGACACAGACUACGUAAUGGAGAUGUUGAGAGGAGUGGGAAAGUCUCAUAGGCGACUGCCGGAGUUUAACUUUAUGAUCUUCAGUAGAAUAGAGGAACCAUUUUUGAUUGCCGUGAAGGAAACAUUAGGGGACCGUUAUUCAGCAAAUAUGGACAAUAUUUAUCGGAAAACUGUAAAGUUUAUAAUAAGAGAACUCUCGCAAGGAUUUAACGAUGCCCCCAAAGCCAUAGACUAAUGUGAUUAUAGUUUUCAUACACAAGUGCCAUUA